GGCCGCUCAGGAAGAGGAAAAUGGCAUAAACAACCCCGAGCGCCGGGACCGCUGAGGAGGAGGAGGCGCCGCCGCCCCGGGCCGCGCGGCCCCUUUAAGAGGCGCGGAGUCGCCCCCUCCUCCUCCUCCUGCCCCUUCCGGAGCCGGACCCGGGGUGACGGCGGUCCCCGCGCCCCUUCCCCCUGCCCGCCCCCUUCCCCAUGGUGCCGACCCCGGCGGCGGGGCGGUUGCCAUGAACAGCAGCGGCCUGCCCUGCUCGUCGCCGUCGCCGGUGGUGGGGCCGCCGCCGGGGGCGGGGGUCGGCGUGGCGGGUCCGGCGGCCGGCGGGGCGGGGGCCGGCGGCGGCGGCGGGGCCGUGAAGCUGAAGUUCUGCCGCUACUACGCCAAGGACAAGACCUGCUUCUACGGCGAGGAGUGCCAGUUCCUGCAUGAGGAGCCGGGCGCCGCCCCCGCCGGCCCAGGGCCCGCCGCACCCCCCCUCGGCGGGCUCCCGCUCGGCAUCCCCCCACCCGCCGCCGCCGCCGGACCGGGCUACUCGGCUCACGGGGCAAGCUCGGGCCCGGCGGCAGCGGUGGUGGGGCCUAAGAAAGCCGAGCUGGGGGCGGGAGGCGGCGGAGGCGGCGGCGGCGGCGGCGGCGGGGGGCUGGAUGGCCCGCGGCUGGCGAUUCCCGGAAUGGAUGGUGGUGGGUUAGCUGAUGCUAAUCUAACAGAUUCAUACUUUAGCACCAGCUUCAUUGGCGUUAAUGGAUUUGGAAGUCCUGCUGAAACGAAGUAUCCCAUGAUGCAGAGGAUGACAAAUAGCAGCAGCUCCCCUAGCCUUCUCAAUGACAGUGCCAAGCAGUAUGCAGGCCAUGAUCCACUAACUUCACCAAAUUCAUCCUUGUUUAAUGACUUUGCUGCCCUCAGCGUAUCUCAAAGGAGGAAGCUGGCAAAACCAGCAUUUCCUUCGUUUAUCACUGACUUGGAGGACAGAUAUAAUACAGUCUUGCCCAGGAAGUAUCGACUGGGAAUGCUGGAUGAGAGGAUAGUUCCGGUGGGAUCAAAAGCAAGAAAAUCAAAGAACCCUAUUGGCUGUCUGGCUGACAGGUGUAAAACAGGAGUACCCAUCAAUAUGGUUUGGUGGAACAGAGUCACAGAAAACAAUUUACAGACACCAAAUCCUUCUGCAAGUGAGUUUAUUCCCAAAGGAGGAUCAACCUCCAGGCUGAGUAAUGUAUCCCAGUCAAGUAUGUCUGCCUUCUCUCAAGCCUUGUUCUCUCACCCCUCCAUGGGAAGUCCUGCUACUGCUGGGUUAGCACCAGGAAUGUCACUGUCAGCAGGAUCUUCUCCUCUUCAUUCUCCCAAAAUAACUCCUCAUACAUCUCCGGCUCCUCGAAGAAGAAGUCAUACUCCUAACCCAGCAAACUAUAUGGUGCCUACUAGUGCCUCUGCAUCUGUUGCUAACGCUGUCUCUCAGCCUCCAUCUACUGGCCAGGUGAUCCAGAAGGAAACAGUGGGUGGAACAACAUACUUCUACACUGAUACAACUCCAGCACCUCUCACAGGAAUGGUUUUUCCAAACUACCACAUCUACCAUCCAGCUGCACCUCAUGUUGCUUACAUGCAGCCAAAAGCAAAUGCACCUUCCUUCUUCAUGGCAGAUGAGCUCAGACAGGAGCUCAUCAACAGACACUUAAUAACUAUGGCCCAGAUUGAUCAGGCUGAUAUUCCUGCAGUUCCUGCGGAAGUGGACAGCUACCACAGUCUCUUUCCUUUGGAACCACUGCCACCGCCCAAUCGGAUACAGAAAACGAGCAACUUUGGGUACAUUACAUCGUGCUAUAAAGCUGUAAAUAGUAAAGAUGACCUGCCCUAUUGCCUUCGGAGGAUACAUGGUUUCCGUCUUGUUAACACAAAGUGCAUGGUAUUGGUUGACAUGUGGAAAAAGAUUCAGCACUCAAAUAUCGUAACUUUGCGUGAAGUGUUUACCACUAAAGCUUUUGGAGAACAUUCUCUAGUUUUUGCAUAUGAUUUUCAUGCUGGAGGAGAGACUAUGAUGAGCAGACACUUCAAUGACCCUAGUGCUGAUUCCUAUUUCACAAAACGAAAAUGGGGUCAGCAUGAUGGACCUCUGCCACGGCAGCAUGCGGGGUUGCUUCCAGAGUCUUUGAUAUGGGCGUAUAUUGUGCAGCUCAGCUCUGCCUUACGGACCAUUCACACAGCAGGACUAGCGUGCAGAGUUAUGGAUCCAACCAAGAUUCUGGUAACAGGAAAAACAAGGUUACGAGUUAAUUGUGUUGGAAUCUUUGACGUUUUGACAUUUGACAACAGUCAAAAUAAUCCACUGGCAUUAAUGGCUCAGUUUCAGCAAGCAGAUCUGAUCUCGCUGGGGAAAGUUGUGUUGGCUUUGGCUUGCAAUUCUUUAUCAGGAAUUCAGAGAGAGAAUUUGCAGAAAGCAAUGGAACUGGUGACAAUCAACUAUUCCUCUGAUCUGAAGAAUCUGAUUUUGUAUUUGCUGACUGACCAAAACAGACUUCGCAGUGUAAACGAUAUCAUGCCUAUGAUUGGUGCACGAUUCUACACUCAGUUGGAUGCUGCUCAGAUGCGAAAUGAUGUUAUAGAAGAAGAUCUAGCAAAGGAGGUGCAAAAUGGAAGGUUGUUUAGGCUCCUAGCAAAAUUGGGAACAAUCAAUGAGAGGCCAGAGUUUCAGAAGGACCCAACGUGGUCAGAAACUGGAGACAGGUAUUUACUAAAGCUCUUUCGAGAUCACCUUUUCCAUCAGGUGACAGAAGCGGGUACUCCUUGGAUUGACCUCAGUCACAUUAUCUCAUGUCUUAACAAGUUAGAUGCUGGUGUGCCAGAAAAAAUAAGCCUCAUUUCCAGAGAUGAGAAGAGUGUACUUGUGGUAACUUACAGCGAUUUAAAACGCUGCUUUGAAAAUACUUUUCAAGAACUGAUUGCAGCCGCAAAUGGUCAGUUGUAGUAUUUGCUGAAAGCAUGCAGGACAUUGCUGAGGAACUUAACCUAUAGCAAAUUGCACUACAGCUGAAUUGUUGUUGUCAUCUCAUUUCACAUUUGGGAAACAAACAGGAGAUGAGCAAAGCUGCUUGCACUUCAGUCAGGUACACUGUUACUUGAAGGGAAGAAUGUUUCACUUAUCCUAGAGCUAAGGCUGCCAUUGGAGGCUUUAUCUGUGAAGAAUUUAUUUUAGAUUAAGGAACACAUCAGGUGCAUGAUGUUCCUACUUUUAUUUUUUCCACUUGUAUAUGCACUAAUUUUAAUUUUUUUAAGACUUUUCUGAUCUCUGAAGUUUUGCCACAUUGUAUACUUAAGGGAAACUCUUUGCAAGGACAUUUCUGGGAUACAUUUUUGUCACUGAGGAUAUAGCAAAAUUUAUUCAUUUUUGAUAUUAUUUGCACCCAGAAUAGCAUAAAGGACCAGGUAAAUAAUUUAAUAGAAAUUGUGUUCUAUUAAUGACCGUUUAGUUCGUAACCUCUGUAAAAGUGUGUUGUAUGCAAGCUCUGUAUGCCACCCACUGUUAGCUCAAAGAAAUGUGAGAAGAAACAACUUUUUAAAACCAGUCAAGUGAAGUAUUGGUGAAUUGACUAAAAAGGAAAGAAAGUCCCCUGUCAUUCGAUUUAAACUUUGUCUAAGCGAAGUGACGAAAACAGCAUAAUGGGAAACAUCUUUAAUUUAAGGAGCAUAUCAAACUUGCUCUAAACACAACCAGCGCCUUUUAAAAACUGUCUGUACAUUUUCCUGGUAGUCAGAAGCAUUUACAUUUAUGCAAUUUUUUUAAUAGAUUUUUUUUUUUUAAAGAAAUUGUUUAAAUGCCUGAAGUUUCAGGAGUGUAUUACUUUAGGUUAUUUACAGUAUAAUUUUUGUAUAAAGUUCUGUUCUUUGAACCACAGCUUUAUUAUGGUACGCUACACUGGAUACAGAUACAAAGACACUGUUAAAAGAAGAUUAACUAAACACAGCAGUUGUCUGGCAUCAAGAGCUUUUCAAGUUUUACGGCCUGAAUCUGGAGGGAUAAUGAUCUGCUGUGCCUUUGCAGUCACUGCUUAGCCCAAAGUAAUAUUACUUUUGCUAAUACUCAACACAUGAAUAUUCCUGAAGUAAUUCAGUCUCAAAAGUCUGGAAUUUUGCUCCUCAAUUACCUUUCUAAUUUUUGGACAUGCAGUUGUCUCCAAACUUGGGUAUUCAUGGGAUUUCUAGUUAAACACCUACACUUUGAUACUGAAGACUGCCAAAUAUGUAGGAAUUUCCUUUCUUAAAGCAGUAGUGAAGACUGUAUCUAUCCUUUCCCAGCACUGAAUGUUUUAAUAGCACUGGGUGCUCACCAUGAAGAAAAUGUGGAAACUCAAAAGGUCAGGACAGACUCUAAGCACUUGCAACUGAUGUUACUGACAUCAAUUUUAAUGAUUCUCAAUAUUUGUAGUUUUCAGAGAAGUUUUUAAUAUUUCUCUGUCCACUUUUAUAAGCUUUAAAAUGAUUCUCCGCCUUGAGACUUGCAUCAAGAAAAAAGCAACUCUCUUCACAUCGAAAGCUUUGAAGACUAGGGACAUGCUUUACACAUUUUAGAAAAUGUGGUUGAAUCCACAUUAAGUAGCAUCAGUUGUUGAGUUUAAAAAUCAAUUAUUGUUGCAAUUUUAAAAGGAACAUAAUGUUUAAUAUUCAAACGAUAACAGUUGCCAGAAUGUUCUUUUUAAUAUAAAAGGAACAGGAACUUUGAAAAGUGAACAUGCAGAACAGUCUUUUAUCAUUAGCUCAUGUAUUUGAGGAAGAGCAGCUGUCUUUUCUAUGUUUUUUGACAAAUCAUAUUGUAAUUCUUUUGUACAAAAAAAAGAAGUACUUGUAUUCUAGAAGAAAUAUGGAAUGCUUAAUUUAUAAGCGGGCUGAGGUUUUUUCCAGUAUUGUUUUCUUUGAAAAUGAAAGGGGAUCAUCUGUUCAGUUGUGGGGUUUGGGAACCUUUGAAAAUUUAAUUUGUGGACCAAUAUUUUGUGAAAGUGUAAGGCAGGGGUAAAAUAGGGCUUGAAUUCUCAUCCUUUUUAGACCAGCACACCCUCUGCAAGACAUGUCUAAAUUGCAAACCUGUGUGUAUUUGCAUAAUGUCAGUUUGCUUCAGCCCCUAGUAACCUCAGGACUUGGUUUAAAAAUAAAAAGGUAGACAGCUAAUAAGUUUUCAUACAUAAUGUCAGCCAGAAAAUAUUUGGUGUCAGGUAAUACAUAAAAUUAAAAAGAAGUUGAGCUUUGUUUUCUAUUUAUUUUAUUUGGUCUGUAUUUGGGAAUGAUUUGAACAGUCUGAAGUUCAGCUUGGGUGUUUUUUUGGGGAGAGCCCUUCUACCCCAUUUUAAUUCCAUUUAGAAGGUUGUCCUAAAGUUGUAGUUUGAUCCAUUCAUAGGAAGAACUGUGUAUCUGUAUUUAAAAGAAGUGUCACCAGGAUGUGCCCUCCCAGGUGGGAAAUUUAUUUCUGACCUUCCUAUUUUUUACAGCUAAAAGCACAGAAGGGACAACCUUUGAAAUCAUCUGGUGUUGGUCAUUUUAAUUUUUGUACCUGUUUUAAAUUUUGUUGCUGUAUUUACUAUAUUGUAAAUAUUUUGUUGAGGGUACCUAUGUAUUUUUGAUUUGCCCUUGUUUCAGUAAUUCAGGUGUCAACUGCUUCCCCUAAAAAGCACCAGUAUGUUAAGUUCUAAUGUCAUGAUCCCAGUAUGUGUUACUCAUCUUUAAUCCUGUUUUCAUUGUUCAUGUGUACAGCAGUAUUUUUAAUAAAGAAUACCAGAAGUAA